AUGACCGACUACAAUCAGAUAUGGCCCGGAAUGGGUGGGUUUCAUCUGCCACCGACGUCAACAAGUCAAUUAGUUGCUCAGGGCCUUCCUGAUGAUCUCUCUCCCGGUCCCGAUUCACCAGACUCAACUAAAGACGGCAAAAAGAGCGACGACAGGGUUAAACGCCCAAUGAAUGCAUUCAUGGUCUGGAGUAGGAGUAAACGUCGACUAAUGGCGCAGGAAAAUCCAAAGAUGCAUAAUUCUGAAAUUAGCAAGAGGCUUGGAGCCGAAUGGAAAUGCCUAAGCGACACAGAAAAGAGGCCAUUUAUAGAUGAAGCUAAACGAUUACGUUCCAUUCAUAUGAAGGAACAUCCUGACUACAAGUACCGUCCACGAAGAAAAACCAAAGCGCUUCAGAAAAAGCCGCUACCAAUGGGGCCAUUCUCCGCAUUGGAUCCUCUCAAGCCUCAGGUGUACAACUCGGUGCCAUCAUGGAAUGGAGGCAGCGGGUAUCCAUUUGAUGGCUCUUACGGUCUCUACCCACGAACGGGUUACGAAAUGCUUAAUCAACUGCCCUAUCUCGAAAGCUCUCCAUCACAGUACACGCAGUCUUCUCUGGCUACCGCCUAUCCAGUCAACUACCUCACCCCAGCGCCUGUGGUCAAGGCCGAAGUUGAAGCAUCUCCGGAGAACUCAGAGAUCUCACUGGAUCCUAGUCAUUUUCGGGCGUUUUAUGACCCCUCUAAAGAUCCAAUGACUUCGAUGUAUUCGAAUCCACUCUCAUAUUCAUCCCUGGAAAGCAUGGGGCUUACACAAACCAUGCCUCAGUCUCAUGUCACCUCGUAG